AUGGACUUAGUGGGCCAGGGCGGAGCGGUCGAGGCAAACGGCCUGGAGCUUAUUAAUAACACUCCUCAGCAUCAUUCCACAAUUGGCUUCGGCUUCGGGAAUGCCGCUCCGUACUACCAGGCUGGUCCUUUUGUACUCGAUUCAGCGUUCUAUGACUCUCAAGGUGCCGUGAAUUGCUUUAAUUCUAUGGGAUUCACUUCGAUUUGUAAGGCUUUACCAUUAUUAUUGGGCUUGAUGCUCCUGUCAUUACUGUAAUAUUUUAGCCAAUGCAUCGCCCUUUGCCCAGAUCCCUUCUUUGGAUUCAACUCCGUCAUCACAGUCUUUCCAACUCCCAAAUCCAUCACUUCCCAAUCCCUACCUCACUCCCAUCGAGAUCUCCACGAAUACAAUUAAUUCAAUGAAUGCCUUGAGUAAUAUGAGUAAUAUGGCGGUCCCUUCUGUCUCUCCAGCUCCUUCAAGUAUAGUGGUAAAGCCGGCGCAAAAUGCAAAGCCAAUAAAAAUCAAGGAGACAAGAGGUUAGAUAAACAUUAUAUAACAAUUUAAUCCUGACAUUUCAGUUGUAAGUAAAAAGCCAGAUAGAAGCAAGGCCGAGAAGAAUACAGUAAUCCAAACACAGAAGCCGAGAAGACAACGGACUCAUUUUACAAGCCAUCAAGUAAGUUGAUCCUUGAAUGUAAUUUGUUAUAUUUAAAUUUAAUCGUUUCAGUUGGGAGAAUUGGAAGAGCAUUUCAAACGGAACCGUUAUCCGGAUAUGAGCACCCGAGAAGAGAUAGCUGCCUGGAUCAGUCUUUCGGAGCCCAGAGUCAGAGUAAGUAUUCCCAGGACUUUCUUGUUUUCUCAUUUAAUUAGCAUCUCAUUCCGUCGUAUGUCCCUGAGGAGUCAAAACUGUGGGAAAUAAUUGCGCGAAAAUGGGGAUAAAAAUAUAAAAUGGGGUGUCAAACACAUAAAAGGGUUGCGCAAUCUCGGAGACAUAUGGGGGACAUCACGGGUCGAGAUGAAUUAAGGGCCGACUUCUUUGAUUUUUAGGUCUGGUUCAAAAACAGACGAGCCAAAUGGAGAAAGAGGGAACGACAUACAGUAGUCGAUGCAAAUGUGAAGAACUAUCCCGCUGGAACGGUAGGAUUAAGAGUAAAUUAUCCUAUGUCAUCGUCAUUUAAGGACGCUCUCUUCUACAACAACCAGACUUGGCAGUCUUAUCCAUCCGGCCAAUCUUCAAACUGGACUUUCAAAUCAGCCCCAUUACCAAAAUCAGCUGCAGAUCCCAAAUCCGAGUCCAAAUCAGAUUCCAGUUUCGAAUCCCAAUCGGAAAAAGAGAAGUCCCAAGCCCCGUUACAGUACCCCUAUCCUCAAGAGUAUUUUAAUUCCAACUACCCAGUCGCUUAUCCUUAUCAGACCAGUUUUUCGUAG